UAUUUGAUCAAUUUGAUGAGACACCUCUGUAUAAAACAUAGUUUAUCAAUAUCGUGUUUUAUCAGUUAUUAUUAAAUUAUUAUUAGAUUUGGUUUUUAAUUAAAUGUGAAAACGUACGAGAAGCGUAUAUCGACGUAUCCCGGAUCUAUCAUUGACACGAUAACACAACAUAUUAACAAGCAUGACUGGCCUGGGUAUGGACUUUGAAGACGAUUUCUUCUUCGAGGAGGAUAAAAUUCCUAUUGCGUUUUCUUUUGGUCGUAAAAUGCAUGCCUGAAUGCCGAACGGUGCGGUGGGAAAAGUUUAAGGGAAGGUCUAGCGAUUCUCGGCUAUUCCAACCACGUUCGCAAAUACUAGCAUGCUUGAAAGUUUGAACGAAUCAACUUUGGACGAAGCUUCUGUCGCUCUGACCACCGUACCAUCGGCUAGCAUGGAAAUGCACCAGCUGACUAUGAUGGAAGAUCGCAUAACAGAUAUAGAAUUGGUUACGCAAGAUCGAUAUAUACAGCGGCGACCCAUCGACCACUUGGGUAUGACAAUCACAUCUGGGAACAUCGUAAUACAGAAGGAUACUAGUAAUCUAAUCGGUAUAAGCAUCGGCGGCGGUGCACCACUUUGCCCAUGUCUCUACAUUGUACAAAUUUUCGACAACACCCCAGUUGCUUCAGACGGUACUCUUCAAGCGGGCGACGAGCUUGUUGCGGUGAAUGGAGCAUCAGUGAAGGGUAAAACUAAAGUGGAGGUUGCAAAAAUGAUACAAUCCUGCGAGUCACAAGUCAGCAUUAAUUACAACAAGUUACAUGCCGAUCCAAAACAAGGCCGUACGCUCGACAUCGCUCUUAAAAAGGUAAAGCAUAGGCUAGUUGAAGGAAUGGGUAGCACUACAGCUGACGCACUUGGACUAUCGCGAGCCAUCCUUUGUAACGACGCCCUUGUCCAAAGAUUGAUGAUGUUGAAACGCACGGAAAAUUUCUAUAGAGGCCUCGUGACGCAUGCUAAAGCUACGUUACAUGCUUUCUUCGAUUUGACACAAAUUUAUAAAGUAUUUGGAGAUGCUUUUGCCGCCAUAGGAGUGCGAGAACCGCAGCCACGCGCCAGUGAAGCCUUCAGACAAUUUGGAGAGCAGCACAGGCAAAUGGAAAAGUUUGGAGUGAUAAUGCUAAAGACCCUGAAACCAAUACUGAGUGACUUGGGAACAUAUCUUAACAAGGCUAUACCAGAUACACGGUUGACCAUUAGCAAGUACGCCGAUGCAAAAUUUGAAUAUCUGUCCUACUGUUUGAAGGUAAAGGAAUUGGAUGACGAGGAGCAGAGCUGUGCCGCUCUGCAAGAGCCUCUUUAUCGCGUGGAAACGGGCAAUUAUGAAUAUCGUCUGGUACUGAGGUGUCGACAGGAAGCUCGCGCGAGGUUCGCGAAGCUUCGCUCAGACGUGCUGGUGAAGCUUGAGUUGCUGGACAAUAAGCACGUUCAGGACGUCGUAUGGCAGCUGCACAAGUUUGCAGCAGGUCUAGCCAAGUAUUAUGCCAAUACACGGGAUCUAUUGUCGACGGUAACGUUAUUCCCGGUUGAAGUCGACUUGUCGCAUUCCGCAUUUCAGUACAAAUCCACCGGGCCGCAAUCUUUAACGGAUUCAAGCGAGGACGUUGAAGAGUAUGAAUCGGAAGAAAAGUUGCAGAAUAUAAACGAGGAACUUCUCAUUGACACGUCAAACUUCCCACCGGACUCGACCGAUAAUACAUAGCAAUACUUAUUAAAUUUCUAAAAAAUUUCGAGAUGAAUAAGAUCUUUUACAAUCUAUGCACGUAUAUAAUAUUUAAUUAUGCUUUGUAAUUUACUCUUUGCUUUCAAUGUAACUGUGAUUAUAGAAUUAAAAUAAGAUAAAAUAA